AUGGUCAAAUCCUAUCGCAAGUACGAGCAGUCGGCCACCUUUGGUCUUGUCAACACUGUCCUUUCCAACCUUGUCUGGACACCCGAUAAUCUCGUCUCAUCGUCCUCGCGAAACACUGGUGCUGGAAGAGCCUACGUCGGCGCUAACGAGCAUGUCCUGGCAUGGGAUGUCAAGAAGGGCGAGCUGCUGAGUCGCUGGCACGAUGUCGACUGCAAGUCUCAGGUCUCAGCCAUUGCUCAGUGCUCUGCUCAGCCCGAUCUGUUCGCCGUCGGAUACCAGGAUGGAAGUAUCAGAGUCUGGGAUGCUUUGUCCAACAACCCCAUCAUGAGCUUCAAUGGCCACCGCUCCGCCAUCACCCACCUUGUGUUCGACUCCGAAGGUGCAAGACUUGCUAGUGGCUCCAAGGACACGGACAUUAUCAUCUGGAACCUGCUCUCCGAGUCCGCCGAAUUCCGUCUCCGAGGACACAAGGAUCAAAUCACUGGCCUGCACUUUAUUCGCACAAGACCCUCCGGUCGUCAGUCCCCUCACACAGACGAGGCUGUCGAUGUCACCUCAGGCGAGCCCGAAGAGUUCGAGGAGAAAUACCUGCUCACCACCAGCAAGGAUGCUCUGAUCAAGAUCUGGGACCUCUCAACUCCCCACUGUAUCGAAACACAUGUCGCCCAGACAAACGGCGAGUGCUGGGCUCUUGGUGUCUCUCCCGAUGGUAUGGGCUGCAUCACUGCUGGCAACGACGGUGAACUCAAGGUCUGGUCGCUCGAUCUCGACAGUCUGGCCGAAUUUGGUGCAAAUAUCGCCGAAGCAAAGCAGUCAAACUCUCUCACUGCUCAGGGCAUCCUCUUGCGCCAGAGUAAGGACCGCACUCUGAGCGUCGCAUUCCAUCCCAAGGGCGAAUACAUUGCUGUUCACGGUUCCGAGAAGGCUGUUGAGAUUUGGCGCAUCAGAUCCGACGAGGAAGUGCAAAAGAGCUUGGCUAGAAAGAGAAAGAGAAGAAGAGAAAAGGUCGCUGCUGCAGGCGCUUCGGUUGCUGAAGCCGAGAAAGAGGAGGAAAACACAACCCCCGACGUCUCCGAGGUCUUUGUCUCGUAUGUCAUCGUCCGCACUGGCGGAAAGGUUCGUUCGGCCGCUUGGGCUGCCAGCAGAUCUUCCAAGAACGUGGAAUUGGUUUGCUCGACUACCAACAACCAGAUCGAAGCCUACACGAUUACCAGCAGGGAAAAGGCCAAGAAGGCUACCGCCGAGGCUCCUGACUACAACCGCGCUUUGGCUGUUGACAUGCCUGGACACAGAACCGACAUUCGCGCUCUGGCUCUGAGCUCUGACGACCGCAUGCUCGCAUCUGCAUCCGCUGGACUCCUCAAAAUCUGGAAUGUCAAGACACAGAGCUGUCUCCGAACUCUUGAGUGUGGUCAAUCACUUUGUUGCACGUUCUUGCCUGGUGACAAGAUUGUCUUGGUAGGAACAAAGACUGGAGAGCUCGAGCUGUACGACAUUGCCUCUUCUGCUCUGAUUGACAAAUUCCAGGCACACGACGGUGCUGUGUGGACUCUCCAGGUUCAUCCCGAUGGAACCUCGGUCGUGACUGGAGGUGCCGACAAGGCUGCCAAGUUCUGGAAGUUCGACAUUGUCCAGGAAGAGAUUCCCGGUACUCGUAGAACCACACCCAAACUCAAGCUUACUCAGACCCGCAUACUCAAGGUUGCAGACGAUGUUCUGAGUGUAUGCUUCUCUCCUGAUUCCCGCCUUCUCGCCCUCUCAACUCUCGAUAAUACCGUCAAGGUCUUCUUCGUCGACACCCUUAAACUCUUCCUCACUCUUUACGGUCACAAGCUCCCCGUCCUCAACAUUUCCAUCUCGUCAGAUAGCAAACUCAUCGCCACUUGCAGUGCGGACAAGAACGUUCGUAUCUGGGGUCUGGACUUUGGUGACUGCCACAAAGCUUUCUUCGCCCAUCAGGACAGUGUCAUGCAAGUCUUGUUCAUCCCUCACCCUGUCGAGAAGGAGGAGCAACAUCUCUUCUUCAGUGCCAGUAAGGACUCAGUCGUCAAGACUUGGGACGGUGACAAGUUUGAGCAAAUCCAGAAGUUGGAGGGUCAUCACGGAGAGGUGUGGGCCAUGGUUGUCAGCAGGACUGGUGAGAAGGUCAUCACAGCGAGUCACGACAAGAGUAUUCGCGUCUGGGAUGUUACGGAUGAUCUCAUCUUCCUCGAAGAAGAGAGAGAAAAGGAGCUCGAACAAAUGUACGAGUCAACACUGGCCACUCAACUCGAUAAAGAUCACGCCGAUGACGACGAGGGUGCCGAAGACGAUGUUGCUGCUGCGUCCAAGCAAACGAUAGCCACCUUGACAUACGGUGAACGUAUAUUGGAAGCUCUCGAGCUCGGUUACGCAGACUACCAAGUUGUUCAGGCAUGGGAGGCCGAAAAGGCAACAAAACCAAACCUUGCUCCGCCGCAACGAAACCCCGUAUUCACCUACGGCAACCUGAGUGCUGAGCAACACGUUUUGCAGACCAUUCGCAGAAUCCCGAAUGCAUCUCUCAACGAUGCCCUCAUGGUUGUGCCAUUCUCAUCCCUUCCUGUGCUUUUCAUGUUUGUUUCAGUGUUCAUACAACGCCGCAUGCAACCGCAACUAGCAUGGCGUGUCUUCUACUUCUUGCUACAAACGCACAACUCACAGAUUGUGGCUAGCAAGCAGCUCAAGGACGUCUUGAGCGAAGUGCUUGAAGCCUACGGACAGUUUGUCAAGGAAGAGAAGAACAUGCUAGGCUUCAACAUGGCCGCUCUGGGUCUCAUGGGCAGAGAGAUCAAGGAAGCACAGGUGCACGGCAUGGACGACGAGCCAGAAGAACAGGAGGAGAAGCUAGAGAGGGGUACUAAAAAGCGUGCAUUUGCUUCUAUUGCAUAA